AUGAUACUUGCUGUGGCUUCUCUUCUUACAGCGAGUUUAACUAACAACAUCACGAUUGGUGUCCGCGAAGGAAAAUAUGACGAGUCAACCCCAAUACAGUUUGAAGAAUUUGUCAAUCUCAACUUCUCAACCAAUGCACUUUACGUUCCUUUUCAGUUUAAGCACACAGACUAUGCGUACAUGCAGGAAGCGCUCCCGAUCAUACUUAGCCGAGGACGCAUCCCCCUAUUAAUAUGGGACAUGAGCAACUCCAAGGAACUAAACAGUGUUUACGAAAGCAUCACGGAUGGAAGCCAAGAUGCUUAUUUGAACUCCUUUGCUGAUGCAGUUCUGGGUUCAUUAGUCAAGGACACCGUUGUGUAUGUGGCCCUGGGAAACGAUAUCAAUACUGAAGACAGCUACUGGCGUAAGAAUCCAGAGCUGUAUAUGCAAACAGUAGACUAUGUCGCAAACAAGCUUCGCAUCCGUACAAGGCUUGCGCAAGCUGCUCAUGCAACAGAGCACUACCCUACGUAUGAGUUCGUAUUGCCUCUGGCCGUGAACUAUAAGCUUUUGCCCUCUAGCUUCGUUCCUAAUGCCACGGCAUAUAACUAUUCGCUUGUCACUGUUAGCAACUUUGGAGAGCCGGAGUGGAGCGACGCGUUGGAUCUUAUGAUCAAGGUAGACAGUAUGCUGCAGCAGAGUGAAGACGUCUUGGCCACAAAAGUCUUCAUUAUAGCGCGCACUGUAAGUGACAACGAUACAGCAAAGAAGGCCGAUUGGAUAAGCGACCUAGUGGACGCGACCGUUGAGCGAUGCCUGCGUAUCCCUGUCCUCAUCCUAGAUAACGUAGAAACAGGAAAGGAUACAGGUUACUUCAUGUCGGUGAAUGGCGACAAGGUUGUAGGCCAGAAUUCUAAUGGAAAGGACCUGUUCUCUUAUUGUCGCCUUCCGGACAUUUUAGCUCGUGACGGAAUCCACUCCUGGGUACCAGAAGAAGUAGAUUCUCCUGUAGAUCCACCGGUGGAGCCUAGUGAUUGCAAAGCCGGUGAGCAACUAACUGAUGACGGAGUUUGCGAACCCUGCCCUGCCGGAACUGCAUCCAAAGCGGGGUCAGUAUGUACUCCAUGUACACCAGGAACAUAUCAACCCAACUCAGGGUCUGGUACUUGCAUCAAUUGCUCUGCUGGUCAGUAUCAGGAUAGCUCAGGGAAGACAUCAUGCUUAGCUUGUUCCGUGGGCAGUUACCAAGGACUCCAAGGCGCUGAGACCUGCAUCCUAUGUCCACACGGACAAUAUCAACCAAGUCAGGGCCAAGUUGCCUGCAUUCGAUGUCCCGGUGAGACGACCACAGACAAGGUAGGAGCCACCUCAAGGGAGUCUUGUGUUUGUGCAGGAACCGUGGGAUUUAAUGAGACUUCUGGUAAGUGUGAGGUUUGCCCCAGUGGUCAGUACAAACCGCUGCUUAGUAACAUAUGUACAGAUUGUCCAGUUCCUGAUUGCAAGUGUGACAACGGAGGAACCUUCAAUACUCUUACAGGACAGUGCGAAAACAACACAUCCAGCAGCUUCACUAGGACUUCAGCAGCAAUCUUUGUAGCAACCAUUGGUGCCAUUUGUGCCAUUGCAGCCAUUUAUAGCUAG